UUAGAACACUUGAACUUGGGGCUCUGCAUUGGUGAGAGCUUGACGUGGAGUGGAAUUUUUUCUGACUCAUUCAUAAGACAUGAAGACCCCUUAUACUAAACACAAGCAAUUUAUGAAUGAAAGGCUGCUGUGUGGCAGUGAGCUAUUGUAGUAGAGCUUACACAGAGUGAAGUGGUGAGGGAAUAUGUGGCACUAUGUUCGGGAUUACGAAGUUAUCCGACACACAAAUAACAUGAGACUACUACCACAUUGGAUGGAGUUUGCCCAUAGGGAGUAUUAUCGUCCAGAAGGCCCUCCUCGGCCUGAACUCCUCAGUGCCAGACGUUACACAGUGCCAGGCCCUGUGAAGGAUGAGCCACCAAGUAUAUCAGUCCCUACACAGUUACAGCUACCUGAGAAACCACGUGGUAAGGGUCGUCCAUCUAAAUCUGGGUCACCAGGCCGUCCUGGGGUAAGCUGCCCGACGUGUGGUAAACAGUUCAACAAUUCGAGUGCCUUAGCAAAACAUAAGUUGACGCACAGUGACGAACGCAAGUACGUUUGUCCUAUAUGCUCCAAAGCCUUUAAAAGACAGGAUCACUUAAAUGGUCACAUGAUGACUCACAGAAGCAAGAAGCCUUUUAUGUGCAAGUUUGAAGGAUGUGACAAAAGUUAUUGUGACGCGAGAUCUUUAAGAAGACAUCAUGAGAAUCAUCACCAGAAUAUGGACCCACCAAGCACGACAACAGUGUCCUCACAUUUAGCAGUACCUCCUGGUAUGAGUUUCCCUAGCAAUCGGAAUCCAAACACAACACAACCCCAGGGGAGCUACUUUCAGUUUGACCCUGGGUUCCAGGCCCAAGCUCAAAGUGCGGGAGACAGUAGUCCUUCCUGGCAGACAGGGACCAAGUAUCAAGCCCAGAGGCAAUACAGUGGUGAGAGAUCUCCUGGGUACUUGAAUCAAGUAAGCCCCAUCAGUCCCGCAGUUGGAGGACCUAACAGCCCACUGAGGUCCCAGGCACCCAGAGCUGUAUGGAAUAUACCUGGGUAUAACCCCAUGCUUGAUGAUCUAUCACCAAAGCCUGUAGAGUGUAGUAUAUGCCACAGACGCUUCAAGAAUGUCCCUGCCCUCAAUGGACACAUGCGCCUUCAUGGAGGCUACUUCAAGAAGGACAUAAUACCUGUAAAGAAAGGUGAUGAUAAGGAGGAUGAUGCCCAGUCCAACCGCAAGCCCAGUGACACUAAUAUAGCUGAAAGCCACCAGCUCCAACAAGCUAGAGACAAUGGGAACCACCGUGUACCCAUGCAGCAGAUCAUGGAAGAGGGGAGAUCUCAUGGUAGUGAGCAUCAUGAGAAUAUGGGCAAUAAUUACAGAGAUGGCCCAGAAAAUCCUGCCCCAAUGCCACUUCUUAUGCCCCCUCCCCUGCCUAAACGUCAUCAUGAUGAGAAAAGACAGUCUGACCAAUCAGAAAAGGCAUAUUACUCAAAUGGAAGUGGGUACAUCAACACAGACAAUCAUGCUGAAGUUAGUUUGAAUGAUUCAUCUGCUAAGACAGAAGAAGCUGCCCUUUUAAGGGAUGCCUUUUUGUCCCAGGCAAAGGGAAGUUCCAUGUCUCGCUCCCCUGAUCCUCCUGUCACCUCAGGGGACCUUCCAGCAUUAUCAGACCCCCAGAUUCUUCCCUCCCUUACACCUCCCACCAGUCACAGCCUUCCUGCAGAUUACCCCUCAGGCCCACUAGGCAUGGCUCACACCUUUAAUGGUGGGAUGGGGCAUGAUAUCUCUGAUCAAAGAUCUCUUAUGGAUUCAUAUGGGGGUCCAGGUUUAGCCAUGGAAAAUACCCUGAACCAUGACCCAGUGAAAAUAAUGAACAUGCUGCAUGGUCUGAAGAAUCGUGCACUGGAUAAGAACUCAAAUAAUAUGGAUGUCGGAGUGAAAUCAGAAAGUGCCUUCUCCUUUUCAAAUGUUCCUCUAAAUAAAGUUGCUUCUAGUCUGAUGAUCAAAACUGAACAUAGUGAUUCACAACAUGGUGCACCUGCUAAACUUCAUGGUGGGUUGGUGGAGAGUCCCUUAACUAACCCCUACCCUACAGAUGCUACAAAUACUACAAACACAUUCUUCAGUCAUGCACCAGCGAGGAAUAUCCACCUUGGGGAACAAAAUCUCAAUCAACAACAUACCGCCAAAGAUUCCAAUGAUCCUGGUCACCGUGGCGCCUAUGAUUAUCAUGAGGAAGAAUUGGCCAAUCCUCUCCGGUCCUCCUUUCAGCCAAUUAAGCCUGAAAUGAAAACAGCACGUGGUAUAGAGAAAAAUGAACGUAAGAGACACGCCAGCGCAGAAGCUGAUAAAUUCACUAGUCCAAAAAGAGCACUGACCGCACCUAGCAAUUUACAAAUGUUGCUGAUGCGUAAACAAGAUCAAACUUCAUAUAAACAAGAGGUGCAUGAGAGGCGAGAGCGGACCAGAAAGUACAGCGGUGAUUCUCAUAUGCAUCGCAGGACAAGCAUAGAAAGAGAUUUCCAAUUCCUUAAGCCUAGGAGUCGCCCAGGAAGUCGCUCCGAAGAUCCCCUUUCAAAGUCAAUGUCAGCAGUGGAGGCUAAUCUUUUCAGAAACCCACACCCUUCUAUAACAAGCCCUAGAAAUAAGCGGAAACAUCGACCUGAGCCACUGAUCAUCCCUCCUCACGUCAACAAUUGUGGAUUUCAGAGCCGACUUAGGUCACCACGGUUAUGGGAAGGUGGAGAAAAGAAGACUCAUACAACACCCCCACCAUACACCCCACCUCCAAUGUUAAGUCCAGUUAGGUCAGGAUCUGGUUUAUUCUGGAGCUUGAAGCCAGUGACGCCAACAUCGGGGUCAUUGACUCCACGGUUUAAUCAAAGUCGACGAAGCAGCCUUUCUAAUAGCCUCAAUAUGAGUGGAAGUAUUAGCCAAUCAAAUAGUGGCCUCAAUCUAAGUGGGAAUCUCGCAAGUGUCACAGAGAUAGAGGACAAGGAAAUCCUUGAGGAAGAGAUAGACCAACCUCCAGAGACAGAUAUCCAACCACAUGUGAACAUCGGACCCAACUAUCAAGCAGCGAUUCCAAGCUUCAUAGAAGAGCGUAGAGAUGUAAUGAAGAGUGUGGAAAAGGCUGAUAUUGUGUUUGACCCAAAGACUGUGGAGGACAUCCCAGAAGAAGAUGUGCAAUAUUUCCAAGAUUUUGCCUGUUGUGCAGCAGUCCCUGGGAAUGGUGUGAACAAGGAGUAUGCUCUUCAUCUUCUCCAUAUGUACAAGGGAGAUGUCAAGGCUGCAAUUCUAGCCCUGAUGAACAACAAGCCUACAUUGCCAUGCAACCAUCCAUUGCUUAACUACCGUUACCAGGAGACGGAUACCUGGUCGCAGGAGGAGAUAGAACAGUACAAUCAAGCACUCACUAAAUGUGACAAAGAUUUCUUUAGCAUAUCUAAGGAGAUUGGCACAAAGGAUACCAGGGAAUGUGUGCAAUUCUACUAUCUGUGGAAGAAGGUCUGCGCAGAUGAACACAAACGUUUACGAAUCAUCAGACGUAAGCGCGAACAAGAUGAACUUCACAACAUUCGAACACGUGCCCAAAAUGCAGAGAUGGUACAGGCCCAAGCUCAACAGCAAAACUCUUCAUUUGAACUGCCUAAUGUAAAGGGAGAACCUGAAGAAACUGUGAAAGAUAGCGACAGGUCUAGAUCCACUACUCCAACAUCAAUCCAUACAUGUGAUUACCCUGGUUGUUCUUCGACAUUCAACUCAAAGAUGGCUUUGAAUGGCCACAUUCGUAUACAUGGUGGACAGGGUAGCUCAGUAAAACGGGAAGUCAGUCCGAGUAGACCUGUUGUUGUUCCAGGCCUUCCGCCAAAUCAAUCUAGUCUUAAUCCUGAUGAGCCACUACAGGAGUUCCCUUGUAAGAAAUGUGGCAAAGUGUUUUACAAAGUGAAAAGUCGUAGCGCUCACAUGAAGAGUCACAGAGUGAUAGAUCCUGAUAAGGUACCUAAAGUGAAGACGAAAGCAGCAUACAAACAUGUCUACUCCCCCACCCCUUCACACAACUCAUCCCUCUCACCAGCAUCAGAGUAUGGGUGAUUGCCUGAGAGAGAAGUAAUCCUGCAUAAUAACAAAUAUGAUGGCUGCAAUAUGUGUGCUUUACCCCUGUUUAUAUCAUAAUGACAAUGGUAUUGAUGUGUAAAGAUUUUUAGAAAAAUGGGGUACUAUUGUCAAGUACAUUUGGGUAUAAGAACAGCUUCUGUUGCCAUAGGAACAGUGCAAUUAAGGUGGACCAGAAAAUUAGGAUGAUUCCGAAUGAAAUAUUUUUUAUUUUUACAUGAGAAUCUUUAUAUGGCUUAGAUGAUAAACUGUAUGUAUGAGAAUAUACAGUGACAUGUGUUACAUAGAUGUGCUGAUCUCUAUUAUGAAUGGUAGAUGGCGGUGUGUUGAUGUCAUUGGGACUGGUGGGUCCAGAGUGGCUGAACUAUCUAGUCUCUAACUCAUAGGUUAUUAUAUAGCCCUUUGCCCAAUAUUAAUGGAUUCCAUUAUAGGUGACACUGGGGAGCAAAUGUAAUGUUUACAUUGGACAUUGUAUUGUUUAAAUCAGUUCAUAACUGACAAGAUUGUCAAAUGCUUGUAUAAUUCUGCUGCUAGAUAGUAUAGUGUAGUAUUUAUGAAUUGGGCUUGGGUAUGGUGUAGUAGCUACCAUAAUGAAUUCACCUCAAAUCUUCUUAUUCUUUUUGUGUACUGACUGCUUUGCCCAUUGUUUCCCUUAUUAAUAUAGUUUAAAUGCAUGUAACCUCAUAUCGCGACAAUCCAAUAUUGCCAAUUAUUGAUUUCGUUUAAAUGGAAGUAACAUAUUUUAAUGAAUGGUCGACAUUUUUGUGACAAUGACAUUACAUGGAAUGUGGAAUGAAAUAUGUAAAUUGAGCGAUAACUUGAUCUGCUUAAUGUAUUAAAGCCACAAUUAAAGGACCCAUUCUAAUCAUAUAAUUACUUAGAGUUUUAGGGUUAAUUACUAAGAUUAAUUAAAUGUUGACACGUGUUGAUUGAACUGUAGUUGCUCAAGACAGGUCCUGCUAAGUCUGAAAUAACAUUUGAUUUGGCAUGAAUUGAUUUGGGAGAGUUAACUUGGGGUCGGGCUGAAUUAUGAUAGCCUAUAUUGUCGUUUCAAAUAUUUACGUUAUUAUGGCUGUACAGUAUUGGAGAAAAGUACUAUGUUUGAUAAAAUUACCGAAAUCAUUGAAAUAUUCUUUCCUUUAACAGAAGAUACACUGCCACUUAUUUAGACAAUAUGUUAUUUAACUGUACAUAAAAUGACCUUUACAGUAUGGGGCUUCAGUACUCCGGUUCAGCAUGACUUGUGUAUACAUUAGAGAUAUCACGAAAAAAAAAAAAUCAGAACAGUUCGGUUCAGAACAUUUUGCUUCGGAACUGAACAAUUUCGGAACGGUUUGGAACAGAGUGACUGUGUGUAUUAGAUUAAAAUCAUUUGAUCAUCUAGGUCUAUUUGGUAGCGAAAAGCUCUUCAAAGAGAAGAAGUAAAAAGAAUGAACCUCUUUUGGUACAAAAUAUUGAAAGAAAAAUACUGUUUUGUGGAGAUU